AUUGUCAGAAAGGUAAAAGGGAAAAUGGUCAGAGCUGUUAAUUCUGAAGAUGAUGAGAUCGGAAUGGAUUAUAUAAAUCAACCUGCAUCCAGAAGGCAUUCUAAUACAGAAACCAAAGGGAAUCAUAAUGCAUCAGUGGAAAGGUCGUUCAGACUGAUUGGUGUUGGUUUUGGACUCCUUUGCAUCCUACAAGCUGCUCUCAAUGUUUCCCUCCGUCUGACACUCUACAAAGCUCAGACCCCUCUGGAAGAGACAAUUUGCAGAAAUAAGACUCGAGAUACAUGCAAACUUAGGCAACAGACUAGGCAGUAUCUCCAGAAAGGAUGGCUGUAUUUCCAUGACAGGUUGUAUUAUAUAUCUUCCACCGAGAAAACUUGGCAUGAGAGCAAAGAGUACUGCAGGCAACAAGGCGCUGAGCUGGUGAUCAUAAACAACAAAGAGGAACAGGACUUUACAAGGCAGUUUAACAGGUUGACAUGGAUUGGACUGCAUGACUCAAGCUUUGACAAGGGGAGUGGACAUGGGUGAACGGAGAUCCUCUUA